UGGCGGUGUUCUUUUUACCAAGUAUACUGUUUUUCCGUGACCAUCAUGACCAUUCUCCCUAUCGAAGAAAUUAAAGAACGAUCUGAUCGCCACCCCAAGCCUUCAGAUGUCAAGUUUCAGUACGGGACUGCAGGUUUCAGAACGCUGGGGAAGACACUCGAUUCAGUGCUAUUCAGGGUGGGCGUCCUCGCAGCCCUUCGGAGCAAGAAACUGGAUGGCAAGACUAUCGGUGUCAUGGUGACUGCCUCGCACAAUCCAGAGCCUGACAACGGGGUUAAGCUCGUUGACCCACGCGGAGAGAUGCUUGAGUCUUCAUGGGAAGCACAUGCCACUGCUCUUGCCAAUGCGCCUAGCAGUGUUGCUUUCGUUGCUGCGGUCGACGAACUGGUGAAGACGACCAAAAUAGACCUCUCAAUACCCGCUCGUGUGGUGUACGCCAGAGAUACGCGCCCGACAGGCCCGCAACUUGUUGCCGCCCUUAAAGAUGGGCUGGAAGCUAUGAAGGCGGAGUAUAGGGACGCCGGCAUUACCACAACGCCAGUGCUUCACUACUUGGUGAGGACAAUCAACACCAAAGGCACCAAAGAUUCGUACGGCGAGGAUACUGAGGAAGGGUAUCUUACGAAAAUAAGUGAUGCCUUCAAAAAACUGCUUGCUGGAAAAGCGACCCCGCCACCGUUGCUCAUCGACUGCGCCAAUGGUGUCGGUGCUUUGAUGGCCGAGAGAUUUAAGGCGUAUCUUGGGGAUACCUUCAGCAUCAAUCUCGUGAACGCCGCCAUUGAUACCCCUGGCGCACUGAACAACUCUUGUGGCGCAGACUUCGUCAAAGUCAACCAGAAGCUACCUCCUUCCAUCACCCUGCAGCCAGGACAGCGCGCUUGCAGUUUAGACGGAGAUGCUGAUCGCAUAAUCUUUUAUUACGCAGAUGAACGCGGUCAGUUCCAUAUGCUCGACGGAGACAAGAUUACCGCACUUGUGGCGAGUUUUAUCGUUGAGUUGGUGAAGGCCGCAGGUUUGGACGAACAUAUCAAAGUCGGCGUCAUCCAGACGGCAUACGCGAACGGAAGCUCGACCAAGUACCUUUCCGGGAGACUACCUGUCAAGUGUGUCCCCACAGGUGUGAAACACUUGCACCACGCUGCAGAACACUACGACGUUGGGGUCUAUUUCGAAGCCAAUGGGCACGGCACAGUUUUGUUCUCACCUGCCGCGCAGGAAUUGAUUUCCAGCCAUAUUUCUUCCACUCUAGCUCAGUCCACAGCGAUCACACACCUGAAGAAUGUCAUCGAUGUCAUUAACCAAACUGUUGGUGAUGCUCUCUCAGACGCGUUCCUGGUAGAAGCAGUUCUAGCACACAAGUCUUACAGCGGAGUUGAGUGGGACUCCCUCUACUCCGACCUCCCGAACCGUCUGGUGAAAGUCGUCGUAGGUGAUCGGAAUGCAUUCGAGACGGAGGAUGCGGAGAGACGCCUAGUCAGCCCCCUCGGACUGCAGGCCAAGAUCAACGAGCUCGUGCGAAGGUACGAAGGAGGUCGCUCGUUCGUGAGACCAAGUGGUACAGAAGAUGUGGUCAGGGUGUAUGCUGAAGCAGUAUCACGCCCCGAAGCUGAUGAACUUGCGUUCCGCGUCGCCGGUCUCGUCUAUGAUGAAGCGGGGGGUGACCCUUCACGGAAACCAAAAGAAUUUCUUUGAACCUUGAUGGCAUAUGUUUAGUUUUGGACAUUGGUGCCCGGUGAUGUGUACCCUGUAAGAUUAGAUAAACUUUCUGUAGGCUCAAAAAUCGAGGAAUAGUCAUUUGUGCCACGAUGCCCAUGGGCCGCCGUCUAUUGAUUUACUGUUGUCGAUAUUUCCCGACAGCCGGUCAC